UGACAGUAAAAACAUCUUAUUUCUGACAUUUGCUUAUUUAUAUAGGUAGAUGUACUCAACCUUUAAAUUUUAAAAUAUCAUCUAAGGGUAAUGUAAUCCAAAGUGACCAAGAAAGAAAUAUCACAGGUCUUAUUUCUUACAGUCAUUAGUAUCAUAUUCCCAGUGCCAGUCAUUAAAAUCAUUAGAGUAUAUUACGCUAGAAAUUCUGGGGUGGAAUAUUUAAUCAAUAAGAAUGGCAAACGACCGAGAAGUCUUAAGAGAAAUAUGGGAUGGAAAGUUGCCGAUAUGCUUUCAAUUAGACCAAGAAGAAAUCAUGGAUAUACAACAACCUGAUCCAUUCUAUGUCAUGGUACCAAGACUGAGUUACUUUCCACUUGUUAUAGACAAGAUGAAGAGACAUUUUUUACGUUUUAUAUCCCAAGAAAAUGCCGAUAAUGAAAUGUGGUUGGACUACAAUGGGCAGCCUCUUAAAUGGCACUAUCCAAUUGGAUUUCUUUAUGACCUUUUCUGUGGGAAUGAUCCUCAACUGCCAUGGAACUUAACUGUACAUUUUACUAAGUUUCCAGAAAACAUCCUUCUUCACUGUUCAAACAAGGAUAUAGUUGAAGCACACUUCAUGUCUACUGUUAAAGAGGCUGAUGUUCUUAAGCAUAGAGGACAAGUAAUGUCUACAAUGCAAAAAAAGGAUCACAACCAGCUCUGGUUAGGUUUACAAAAUGAUAAGUUUGACCAAUUUUGGGCUAUAAAUAGAAGACUGAUGGAAUCGCAUGGCGAUAACGAAGGAUUUAAACAUAUUCCCAUAAGGAUAUAUUCUGAUGAUGGCAUCUGCAGACAAAGACUGAUCAGCCCAAGAAAUAGUGAUGGGAGUCGGAAGAUCAUCCAACAGCUAAUAUCAGAAUUAUAUCCUGAUAAGCCUGAUGUUAAACUAAGGACACAUGGCAUAAUGCUACCCGCGGACACACCUCUUCAGUGGCUUUCUGAACACAUGAGCUAUCCGGACAAUUUCUUACAUAUUUGCUUGUGCUGAAUAUAUAUAUACAAUUGAUUGAAAUUUGAUAAAAUAAUACAUUCCUGUUUUCAAACUAAUUUUUCGCAGGAUCCAUGUAUAUAAAGAUAAUAUGAUUUGA